AUGCUACCUUUACAUGAAAAAACAUUAAAUGGAAAAACAAGAAAAUAUAAAAAUUUAACACAUUCAAAUGACAACAAAUGUUCGAAGUCUUUUUUUACAAAUGAUAAAACUAGAAAUGUAUAUAAAGAAAACAUAAAAAGAGAUUAUAGAAAGAGUCGAGCAACAUUAGACGCAACAUGUGCUAUUGCGCCAGGAGAAGAAAUGGAAGAUGAGGUGGAGGAAAAAGAAGAUUUAAAAGUUAUAAAGUUCUUAAAAAUAUAUAUUAACAAAUCAGCAAAGCAAAGGAUAUUAAUUAAUACAAUAAUUCUCUUCUUAUUUUUAUUGAUAGUAUAUAUAUCAUUCCUACGCAUUGACAAUAUAAGGACUGUUUAUUUAAUUGGGCUAGCACUUUACAGCAUAUACUUUUUACUUUUUUCCCUUUAUAUGUUGAGUACAAUAUUAAAUGAUGAAUACGAAGUUUAUAAUACAGUAAAAAGAGACGACCUUAUGAGUGAUAACAUAACACAUGAAAGACAGUUAAACAUUUUAAAUAAAAAUGAAGUAGCGAAUUCACAACAAAUGAACAGACAUGGAAACGCCUUAAGCCAUGGGUAUGGGGCAAGUAUCCCCCUUAAGGAUAGUCAGUACAGGAUCAAGCAUAAAUUAGAAGAGAAAAAUUAUACAAAAGGCAGGGACGCAGUGGAAGGAACAAAUCCCAGUAGUCCGGUGAAAGGAAGUGCACAUGAGCAGGGUAUUCCUACCAAUAGGAGUAGCUACAGAAGUAUCAGCAUGAGUGAAAAUGGAAAUGACAAAAAAAAAAGCCCACAUGGUAAAAAUAUCGUGGAGGUUCGUAAGGGGGGAAAUACCAAAAGGGCAGGGGCAUGUAACGAGGGUGUAGGGGAAAGUAACGAGGACAGUGAGGCUUUCGAAGGAUACGAUAUGUUCACCUUUGAUAGCAUAGCAAAGCCAAUAAGAGAAGGAGCAGAAGGAUUUUUUGCUGUUCAGUAUAAUUCAAUAUUUAGAAUUUCCUUACUUUUUAGUCUAUUAAUAUUCCUCUUAUAUAUUAUGAGAGGAGAUUAUACAAAACUACCACAGGAGAAGAGUGUAAGAAUGAAACAUGUUAGUGAUAAGUCUGUUGUCAUAUCACCAUGUGCAUAUGGUCUUAUAACAGCUGUGUCUUUUUUAUUAGGGGCUAUUUGUAGCUCAAUAGCAGGAUAUAAUGGAAUAUAUGUUGCUGUUAGAGCUAAUGUGAAAGUAGCUAAAGCUGCAACCUAUUCAUAUAAUAAAGCAUUAAUUACAUGUUUUAGAAGUGGUGCAGUAAGUGCAAUUGUGAAUGUAUCCUUAGCUAUUUUAGGUAUCUGUAUAUUACUACUGUUCGUAAGCGUGUUGUAUCCUUCAUUGGCCUUUACGAAACAUCCUUUAUUAAUAGUAGGGUACGGGUUUGGAGCUUCUUUAGUUGCAAUGUUAUAUCAGUUAGCUGGUGGUAUAUAUACUAAAGCAGCAGAUAUAGGUGCAGAUUUGGUUGGGAAGAUAGAAAGACAUAUACCUGAAGAUGAUGCAAGAAAUCCUGCAGUUAUAGCCGACCUAGUAGGUGAUAAUGUAGGAGAUUGUGCAGGUCAAUGUGCAGAUUUAUUUGAAUCGAUAUCUGCUGAAAUUAUUGCUUCUAUGAUUUUAGGAGGGAAUUUAUGUGUUAAUGGUAUAAUAUCUGAAAAAAGUGCUAGCUAUUUUGUUCUAUUCCCCUUAUUUGUUCAUUCCAUGGAUUUACUUGUUUCUACCAUAGGUGUUUAUUUAGUAUAUACAAGCAGUAAUGAUGAAUGGAAUGGCUCCAAAAGAAAUAGGGAAGCUUAUUACAAAGGGGCUAAUGAAAAAAUAGAGAAGGUGGAAAAAGCGAAGAAAGCGGACAAGGCGGAGUAUGGGAAGAAGCACACUUACAGCAGUAAUGACAUAAAAACAUGUUUUUAUGAAAAAUCUAGGGCUACUAAAAAUAUGAACAGUAAAGAAGUAGAUUUACUGCUGUGUGAAAAUUAUGCGGACGAUCAUGAUCAUUAUGAUCAAUUUGAUUAUAAUUAUGAGUAUGAUGAUAAAAUAAAAUCAGAAAAUUUAGAAAGCCCUUUAAAAGUUAUGCUUAAAGCAUACUUUUUUAUAUGCUUACUUUCCAUUACAGGAUUUUCGCUUUUAUGUAGAAUUCUUUUUUCAUUAGAUGAAGAGAGGGGGAAAAACUAUACAUGGGCAUAUUUUUCCUUAUGUGGAUUAGUUGGUAUGACUUGUUCAUAUUUAUUUGUUAUCUUGACAAGAUACUACACAGACUAUUCAUAUCCAAAGGUAAAAAAAAUAGCACAUGCCUCUUUGAGUGGACCUGCCACAAAUAUAAUAGCAGGUUUGUACGUAGGUUUAGAGUCUACCUUUUUUCCUGUAAUCGUUAUUUCAAUAUCUCUAUUGUUGUCAUAUUAUUUAGGUAUAAAAGGAAAUAUAACAGGAGAUAGUGGUGUUAUAAAUGGGUUAUAUGGUACAUCUGUUGCUACAAUGGGUAUGUUAUCAACGGCUGUAUUUAUUUUAAGUAUGUCUAAUUUUGGCCCGAUAGCUGACAAUGCAGGAGGAAUCGUAGAGAUGUCUAAACAACCAGAAUAUGUUCGUAUUAUAACAGACAAACUAGAUGCUGUUGGAAAUGUAACUAAAGCUAAUACUAAAGGUUUUAGUGUAGGGUCUGCUGCACUUGCAUGUUUUCUACUCUUUUCUGCUUUUUUAAGUGAAGUAUCUAUAUAUUCAAAAACGCCUCUUCAGACUGUUGACAUUGCAAUACCGGAGGUGUUCAUAGGUGGGAUUUUAGGUUCUGUUGUUGUUUUUCUUUUUGCAGCAUGGUCCUUAGAUGCUGUAGGUAAUACUGCUGAAGAAGUAUUGAAUGAAGUACGACGACAAUUUAAUGAACACCCAGGUAUUCUAACAUAUAAAGAAAAACCUGACUACCAUACUUGUGUAGCUAUAAUAAGUAGAAGAGCAUUAUCAGAAACAGUAAAACCUGGACUUCUAGGAAUUUUUGCUCCAAUAAUUGUUGGUAUGUUGUUUAAAUAUAUUGGUUUCUUACAAAAUAAUCAACUCCUAGGUGCACAAGUUAUUGCCUCUUUUAUUAUGUUUUCCACAUCCACUGGUAUCCUCAUGGCCCUAUUUUUAAAUAAUGCCGGUGGUGCAUGGGAUAAUGCCAAAAAGUAUAUUGAAUCAGGUUUUUACGGGGGGAAAAAUAGUCCUGCGCAUGUUUCCAGUGUCAUAGGAGAUACUGUAGGAGAUCCUUGCAAAGACACCGCUGGACCUUCAAUCCAUGUUCUCAUCAAGCUCAUAUCGACCAUAACAAUGGUGAUGACUCCGUUAAUUGCAUCGACCGCGACAGAGUAA